AUCCCCAUCCCACCCCCUCCUGCCUGCCCUCCCUCCCCUGUCUAAUCCAGCCGGGUGGGAUGACCCAGGACUCCCAGGUCUAGUUGGGCUCUGACCACGACCUUCACCCGAGACUUAAGCUGUAAUAGUUAACCUUCCUGAGCCUUAUUGUUCAUUUGGAGCCAAUGAUGCCAACCCUUCUCCCAGGGACAUUGUGAGAAAUGAAAGGAUAAUUUUGAUACCAUCAAAUCCCAUUAGUUAAGUACUCUAAGAAAAAAGACCAAUAGAAGCCCAUUGUAGAUUCCUUUGUAAUGGCCUGAUGCAAGUGAUUAGAAUCUGACCUUUCAUGUUUUCAACUGCAUAAAAGAUGGGAGGCCCAGAGAAUACUCGGAUCUGUAAUGUCAGAUAUGAUUAAAUUUUUCUGUCGGCCUGAAAGAAAAGAUCAGUGAUUGUACGAAGUACAGCUGCCAGGGUGGAGGGAUGCCCUAUGUAGGGGUGCUGCUGAGAAGUGACCAUGCCCUGCUGGCCCCAGUGCACCGAGAGCUCACUCUUCUUGCUGGGACCUUGCCUCUCACGGUGCUGGGUGGGGUGCUCAGCUUCAUAAAAGCCCCGGCCUUUGAGACUCAGAGCAUGAGAACUCAGUGUGAGGGGCCUCCCUAAUCCUCCAGCUUUUAUUCUCCCAAAGGCUCCAGGUGUGCCAGGUGACACCCACACAUGGGUAGCAGCCCUGCAACUGCCCUGGGUGAUGAUUUGGAUGUGUGGUAGGUGUCGAGUGCUUCCUUAGAACCGUACAUACGUAAUGUGCAGUAAAAAUAACAAAUUGAGGAUGGAGAAACAACCAUUCUUACACCUAGAGAGGGUGUGGAGAUGUUUUCCAAGCGUGUCGUGAAGAGGCUUUUGCAGACAACUGUGUGUGGUUGGUAAGCCAGGAUGUGGAAGACGUGGGUGGUGAGGCUGCCCCUGGCUGGCACACCUCCCGUUCUCAUCUGUUGCGCUGAGGCUGAGCCGUAACGUGAGGGAGAAAACCACCAGCUUGUGUGGCAGGGCAGACACACCCGGCGGAGGGUCUGCUGGGCUGUGGCACCUUUGAGGAGAGGUUUUCACACUCAAAUGUAUGGCAGCUGGAAAAAGUCUUGGCCUAGUCGGAUGGAGAGAGGAGGCCGAGCUGUUCAGACCGAAGAGUGAGGCGUAUUCUUUAACCUUCUGGAAAAUGAAAAAUGGGCAUCCAGAGAGAAAUGGAGAGACUCGCCUCAGCUAGAAGAAUGUGGAAGGUCUGACCGUGCUCUUCAUCAGGUCUUGCGGGGAGUUUGAACUGCGCCUCUGUCACGUGGUGCUUGUGACUGGGUCAGGUGGCCUGCAGAGGGGAGGGGGCAGGUGCUUUGGGAAGGUUCGGGGCUCCGACCAGGACCAGGUGUUCCUUUCGGAGAGCAGGGCUGCGUCAGCCGUGUGCCUCUGCUCACUAACUUCCAGGUGCCCGCCACACCAGCAGGCCUGCCUUCCCUGUCCGUAACUCGCUGCCUGUCCAGUGGACUCUGUUCAUUUAGGCUCUUUUGCUAUUUAAUUUGAAUUUUAAAGUCCAAAUACACUGUCCCCAACCAAUAGUGUUUCUCUUGGGCACCUUUGCUGCUGCUCUGAGAGGAUGGGCAGAGCCACUCGACUCAAUGACUCCCUCUAGUGGGAAAUGGGAGUUUGGUAGUUGACUUUCUGGUUGAACUGAGGACCGCUUCAUGUCUGUGCGACAGGGGUAACCUGAGCUACAGGUGCCGGGUGGGCGGUGGUGGGUCAAGACACCCCACUUCCUGCAGAGCUGGGUGACAGCUUUGGGGUGCAACGUCAGAAGCCCACACCUGAGCUGAGAAGGAACACCUUGAAGAGACGUUAAGUUAUUCAGCUGAAGGGCCUUUAUUGCCCCCCAGAGGGCUCUGCCUCCCGCCUCCCGCCUCCUGCGUGUUGAUUCUCCAGUGAAUUACAGUGACCCCUCUCCCCGUGUCAGCACUUCCUCCAGAUGUGUAGAGUUGAGAGCAGGCCCGUGUGGUGGGCUGGCCAGGUGACCUGGGCGCGUGUUGAGGUGAAACAGUGUUGGGCUCUAUUCCAUGGUGGAAUAGAGCGGUGGCUGGGGAGACGCCCAGUGUGAAGGUGAGACAGUGCCUCGGUCCAUAGCUGUGUCUCCUUUGGUACCAAUUACUCAUUGGACCCUGGAGGCAAGCACAGGCCAAUGACUAGGCGUCUGUGUUUAUAGAAAUACGUAAAUAAGAAGACGAUCUUUUUGCCAUUGAAGAUGGUGAAAUAGUUAUGCAGAAUUCCACCAUGUGAAAAUUUGGAAUUUCCUGUACGACAGUGAGGCAGGAGAUCAGGUGGCCCCGAGAAGCCGGACUGGAUUGACUCGGGGCCCUGCGCCGUUCCUCCAGGUAGAAUCUGGGAGAGUGGAAGCCUGGCUUCCCGGCCUCCUGCAGGUGCACAGCCGUGUCGGGGGAGCGCAGAGCUGUCGGGGACUUGCACACACUGAGCCCCUUUCUCCAUCCUCACCGGUUAGGUCAGAAUCUGGAUGGGGGAGGGCUUUAGACUGGAAUCAGCAUUAUUUUCAAGCUCCCCAGGGGUUCUCUGGGCUCCCGGGUUUGGGAGGCACUGAACCUAAACCUCAGCAAGACAUGACGGCUGGCGGUGGGCUCUGCCGGCAGGAGUUGGUUGGUGGUGUCCACUGUGCAGUGGUUGCCGUUUCUGCUGGCGAUCCUUAUCUUCAAGAAGGGAUUAACGGUGCCCUGCGUCUGCUUAUGUGUAAGUUGGGUGAGAGUCGGAGCAGCCCCCACAGAAUGAGGGCUUCGAGGGGUGUCUUCUCUGAAGAUGCAGAUCCCUGAGCAUCUUGCUGAUGGAAAACUCUUUCUGUGAGCCUCUGCAGGGUUUUACUGUUUCCUUUAGUUUUUCUAAAUGGUUUGUUUUGUUUUUAGUCAAUGGAUAUUUGCAUUCCUCACUGUACAUCCUAUUCCAAAUUAGUGGUACUUAUCAUGGAAAUUUUGUCUUUGCCCCUGCCCCUGGUUUUAUAAAUUUGUUUUUAAUUUAUUGUUGCCAAGCUGCUAGUUCUGUUCUGGUUUUUUUUUAACAUUUCCUGUUACGUAUUCUAGACCACCUGCUCAUUCUGAGUCCUGCUUCAUUCUCAAGUGGCCGGCAGGGUGCAUCCAGGCCGUAGUUCCUGGGCCUUCUCUUUGGCCUCUCCCUCCCCAGUGUGGUCUGGGACCUCACUGAGCCCAGAAGUCGAGGCUGGCUCCCCAGAAACCUGGUUACCAAAACGCCCCGGGUUUGGCUCAUGGAACACAAUCUCACACCAAGAAUUCAUGGCUUUCAUUGGACCGCGUGUAAUUGGCGAGUGAAGAAACACAGGUCCGGGGGCUUCUCUCCUUUCUCUGUUUUCAUAACCUUCUGUUAGUAGUCUGCUGCCGUGGCUCCCAGAGUAGGUCCUUGGGUGAGGCUCAGCAUCACCUGAACCUCAUUAGAAAUGCAGAUUCUCGGGCUCCAUCCCAGACCUACUGGAUGGGAGACUCUGGGGAUGGGGCCCAGCGACCUGGGCUGGGCCUGGGCCUAGUGCAGAGGUCGCUGAGACUCGGGCCCUGCCCUCCAGGACCUGGUCCCAGGGGUGGGUGCGUCGGGUGUGGGCAGGACAGGCAUGAACUGCCUUAGGUGCCACAUGGCUUCCCCAGCUGGGGAGCCCAGGCCCUCCUCUUGGUCACCUUCUUCUCUGGGCCCAUUGGUGAGAAAAGGCAGCUGCUGUUUCUGCUCUGUUUCCCGGUGAGCGUGUAUAAUGUUUAGUCUGCCUUUUGGGGAGGUGGUGUUGCUCAGGUAACCCUGGCAUCCCUGGUUGCAUGUGAAAACUCGAUGCCCAGGAUGGUAAAUGACAUGUCAGAGGCCACUGAGAGGCAGAGCUGUGACGUGGUGUCUGCACCGGAGCAGCGCAGCAUCAGCUCCUGCGCUGGGCCCGUUGUCAUCCUUUGGAAAUCAGUGCUUUUCUGGUGUCCACCCUUGUCACUCGCUGGCUUCUUUUUAUACAUGAGGGUGACCUUUGUGUGUCACAAGAUUACUGUGGUGUCCAAGCUGUAAGAUGGCUGUGAAGAGAGGCUGAUUGGUCACCAAAUUCCCGUAGGACCGAAUGUGGACGCUUGUAGGGGCGGGAAAUGGGAGCCGUCUGUGCAGAAGGGGUCGAGCCUGUUUUGCUUCAUCAGAUAGGCGAGGUGCAUCCAGUGAGGUGCCCUGGGGCCCGUCUCACUCACGGUGACUGAUUGGCUGACGCCCACGGCUGACGGCUACACCUCUGGGCGUGGCGCGGGACCGGCACCUGAGCCACGUUUCUAAGGUCGGCGGAGUCACUCGAAUGUCAUCUCUGGGUACCAGUGCAGCCAGUGCCAAAAAGAUGCGCGAAGUCAGACCUUCACCGUCCAAAACUGUGAAGUACACUGCAACGGUGACGAAGGGGACUGUCACAUACACCAAAGCCAAGAGGGAACUGGUCAAGGAAACCAAACCUAAUCACCACAAGCCCAGUUCAGCUGUCAACCACACAAUCUCAGGGAAAACUGAAAGUAGCAAUGCAAAAACCCGAAAACAGGUGCUAUCCCUCGGGGGGGCGUCCAAGUCCACCGGGCACACCGUCAAUGGCCUCAAGGUCAGUGGCAGGUUGAACCCAAAGUCAUGCACUAAGGAGGGCGGGGGGCGGCAGCUGAGGGAGGGUCUGCGGAACUCCAAGCGGAGGCUGGAAGAGGCGCCCCCGGGCGACAAGCCGCAGUCGCCCCCCAAGAAGAUGAAGGGGGAGGCGGGUGCUGCGGAGGGUCCCGGCAGGAAGGCGGCCCCGGCCCCCGCGGAGAAGGUGCCGCCUGGCGGCCACGGGAAGAAGGAGGUGCCCGAGCGGAGCCUGGAGAGGAACCGGCCGAAGCGGGUGUCGGCCGGCAAGGGCCCGCCGGGCAGACAAGCACACGGCAAGCCGGACGGCGCCCCCUGUGAAAAUCGUUCUACCUCGCAAUCGGAGCCCCUGCCCCGGCCGCACGAGGCGACGGCCAAGGCCGAGAAGGGGGCCGGCAGGGCCGGGUGGGCGGCCAUGGACGAGAUCCCCGUCUUGCGGCCGUCGGCCAAGGAGUUCCACGACCCGCUCGUCUACAUCGAGUCGGUGCGCCCUCAGGUGGAGAAGUACGGCAUGUGCAGGGUGAUCCCGCCUCCGGACUGGCGGCCCGAGUGCAAGCUCAACGACGAGAUGCGCUUCGUCACGCAGAUCCAGCACAUCCACAAGCUGGGUCGGCGCUGGGGCCCCAACGUGCAGCGGCUGGCCUGCAUCAAGAAGCACCUCAGAUCUCAGGGCAUCACCAUGGACGAGCUCCCACUCAUAGGAGGCUGUGAGCUCGACCUGGCCUGCUUUUUCCGGCUGAUUAACGAGAUGGGCGGCAUGCAGCAAGUGACUGACCUCAAAAAAUGGAACAAACUAGCAGACAUGCUGCGCAUCCCCAAAACCGCCCAGGACCGGCUGGCCAAGCUGCAGGAGGCCUACUGCCAGUACCUGCUCUCCUAUGACUCCCUGUCCCCCGAGGAGCACCGGCGCCUGGAGAAGGAGGUGCUGAUGGAGAAGGAGAGCCUGGAGAGGCGCAAGGGGCCCCUGGAGGGCCACACGGAGCAGGACUACAACCGCUUCCACCCACUGCCCCGCUUCGAGCCCAAGAACGGGCUCAUUAACGGCGUGGCCCACAGGAACGGCUUCCGCAGCAAGCUGAAGGAGGUGGGCCCCGCGCAGCUCAAGACGGGGCGGCGGCGACUCUUUGCUCAGGAAAAGGAGGUGGUGAAGGAGGAGGACGACAGAGGCAUCCUCAGCGACUUCCACAAGUGCAUAUACAAGGGGAGGUCUGUUUCUUUAACGACUUUUUACCGAACAGCAAGAAAUAUCAUGAACAUGUGCUUCAGCAAGGAGCCCGCACCAGCUGAAAUCGAGCAAGAGUACUGGAGGCUCGUGGAGGAGAAGGACUGCCAUGUGGCCGUGCACUGCGGCAAGGUGGACACCAACACCCACGGCAGCGGCUUCCCGGUGGGAAAAUCAGAACCGUUUUCAAGACACGGAUGGAACCUCACCGUCCUCCCCAAUAACACAGGCUCCAUCCUGCGUCACCUUGGUGCUGUGCCUGGAGUGACAAUUCCCUGGCUAAAUAUUGGCAUGGUCUUUUCUACCUCAUGCUGGUCUCGAGACCAAAACCACCUUCCCUACAUUGACUACUUACACACUGGUGCUGACUGCAUUUGGUAUUGCAUUCCUGCUGAGGAGGAGAACAAGCUCGAGGACGUGGUGCACACCCUGCUGCAAGCCAAUGGCACCCCCGGCCUGCAGAUGCUCGAGAGCAACGUCAUGAUCUCCCCGGAGGUGCUGUGCAGGGAGGGGAUCAAGGUGCACAGGACGGUGCAGCAGAGCGGCCAGUUUGUCGUCUGCUUCCCGGGAUCCUUUGUGUCCAAAGUGUGUUGCGGCUACAGCGUCUCUGAGACCGUGCACUUCGCCACCACCCAGUGGACGAGUAUGGGCUUCGAGACAGCCAAGGAGAUGAAGCGUCGCCACAUAGCUAAGCCAUUCUCCAUGGAGAAGUUACUCUACCAGAUCGCACAAGCGGAAGCGAAAAAGGAAAACGGUCCCACUCUCAGUACCAUCUCAGCCCUUUUGGACGAGCUCAGGGACACGGAGCUGCGGCAGCGGCGGCAGCUGUUCGAGGCCGGCCUCCAUUCCUCCGCCCGCUACGGCAGCCACGAGGGCAGCAGUGCCGCGCCCGACGGGAAGAAAAAGCCUCGGAAGUGGCUGCAGCUGGAGACCUCGGAGAGGCGGUGUCAGAUCUGUCAGCACCUGUGCUACCUGUCCAUGGUCGUGCAGGAGAACGAGAAUGUGGUCUUCUGCCUGGAGUGUGCCCUGCGCCACGUGGAGAAGCAGAAGUCCUGCCGCGGCCUGAAGCUCAUGUACCGCUACGACGAGGUCAGUGCCUCGCGGGGUGGCAGUGGUCCCCUGCCCGCGUGGUCCAUGUCACAGCUCGUCGUGACCGCGUGCAGCCGGCCUGGUUCCAGGUGCCUUCUGGCCGGACGGUGCCUGACGUGGUGGGAAGGUAGCUCCUUGCGCCAAGGUGGGGGAGUGGGCAGGUCCGGCUCGAGUUCCACUGGCCUGGAGAAACCAGGAGCUGAGGCUGCAGGGACUUCUGUCCUUGUCCGCGCUUUGUCGUGCCCCAGCGAGCCUGUCCACAGUGCGCUCAGCUCUGCUUUCCCUCCUGGCCUCGGUGCCUCGAUUCAUAAGGAGUUCGGUUUCAGGGCGUGGCUGCCCCACUGUCUGGAGGGGACUGUGCCUUCAUCUCCAGUCGGGGCCCAGAACAGACCGAGACCGAAAUCGGCAGGGCCAAGCCAGGGCUCCCCUUCCCUCCAGGCCGAGGGCCGCUUCGGGGGCCUUGCGGCUGCGUCCAUCUGGUCUCUGUGUCCUCAGAGCAGCCCGGGACUCGGCCUGAGGAGCCUUCCUGGCCCCAGCCCCGCGGGGCCGGGGCCUCUGGGACACAAAGUGCCGAUCGCCGUGCCCGUCUGCCCGUGUCGGCGUCCCUCCCCCGCAGCUGCCAGCGGUUCUGCUGUGGGUCUGUGCGUGGUGAACUUCAGAGCCUGCGGCCACUUGCUGAGCUAUGGGCAGCGCCCACGCCCUUGUCCUUACCCCGGGGCCUUGGCAGACACGGAGCCUUUCACUGUUUGCUCCUGAAGGCUUCAACUUCUGAAUAAAUCCCAGUUCCACCCUGUCUGAAAACCGCAGCCGUCCCCAGAGGCAGGUCCACAUGAGGGGCUUUCUGUGUUUGCUGGUCUCCACUGCCCGUUAGGUGCCCCCACGGGGAGGGCGCUGCUCAGCCGGCCCGGAGCACUGAGGGCUCCGCUUCCAGAGCAGCCUUGCUCGUCUCGUCACGUGUGUUUUACGUGCUUCCAGGCUGCUCUGCGAUUGCGUUUCCAGGUACAAGCUCGCAGCUCCGGAGACACGUGGCCCUUUUUCUGGGGGGGUUACCUUGGGAGACUGCUCUGGGGGGACCCCGUUGCCCCUCUUGGCCCGCCCUCUUCCAGAGAAGCGUCCUCCUCCCUGUGGUGUCUGGCCGUGAGCCCCUCUCUGAGGGUGGAACCUGCCAGCUCUCCCAUCCCCACUGCCCCCGAAACCUGGGGCCGACAGUCCCACGUAAGGCGGCCUCAUCCGGCCAUCACACAUGGCAGCCCCGGGCAGGGCCGGGCCGGGUGCCCCGGGAGGCAAUGGGGGCACCCGUGGGGUCUCAGGCUGUGGUCAGACUUGAUCAGAAGCCUUUGGCUAAAUUGUAAGAUUGGAAAGCUGAAAAUAGAUCUCUUUGCAUCUUCUUUGUUUUUAAAGAGCAUGUUCAGCGAAGGCAAUAACCACUUUCCCCUCCCUGCUUCUUCACUUGAACAGCAAAUGUCAGAACACGGUUAAAAAUAAACCCUCGUGUCUGAGUCAGAGCAUCUCUGGCAACUCGCAGGGUACAGCCGGCGGCGCUGGGGCUUCUCGAGAUGAUUCUGAAGCUCGACAAAACGUGGGUUAGUUUCCACCUCCAGCCCAUCUUGGAGCUAGGUGUCUUGAUGUGACCAAAAUCCUGGAAAAGAAUCACAUAUGUAGUAGGGUCUGUCGGUCUGAAGCUUAAUCAUUGGUUCUCACGCAUAGGGAAAAGGUUUUGUCAGCCUCCUACUUUGCCAGUGGCCUGUUUUAGUAAAUGAAAAUCACAAGUCAGUUCCCUGUUGAGUUGAACUGUAUUUUUUUUUUUUCUUUUUUUAAUUGGGGAAUUUCCAGCUCUGGGUUGGAUCUCAGAAAUGGCUUUUGAGAGCACAGCUCUGGUCUGAGCCCUGGUGCCCAGCAGUCAGACCCCUCUGUCCAGCUGUUCGGUCCCACAGGUGCAGGCGGGCGGGCGGCUGCCUCCUCGGACCCCCUGCUGCCCAGGUGGCUUUAGCUGCAGGUAACUGGGCUUUACUGAAGCUCAUCUGUUUGUUCUUCAUUAGCAUGUGUAUCCUAAGUGCUUUAAGUGGCCCAACGAUGUCUGCAGUGCCUGGGAGCAGGCCUGGGCCCGGACUAGGCUGACCCUCAGGCUUGAGUGAAGGAGUGGCCUCCUGUCCCCGUGUCCUCCUGGUCUGUCCGUCCCUGGCUCCAGCAGGUGCUCUACAGUGUAUGUCAGAACAUGGGCCAUUUUAAUACUCCUCCACGUGGUUUCUUUUAAAACUGGAUGGUUGCGAGUUGUGUUAGUUACACAUGUAUUUUUGACGCCAACAGAUAGAUGGUUCUCUUGUUGCGUUUGUUCUCUCCCCUUCGCUGAGGAGGGAACGAGAAACGUUUAUAGACAUGUGUUUGUAUUCAUCUGCAAGAGCAGGUUAAGUAGGCUCCAGAGUAGCAGAGAGAGCCACAAGCAGCCCCCAGGCAUUUGUCACCGUGCAGGGAGCCAGGCGAGGGGCCCUGGGCACUCAGGCCUGAGUCUCCCCUCACUUCCCAGCCCUCCCCUUCCUGCUGGGGCCCCGGGCGGCCUCUCAGCCCCGAGGAGGUGCCCAGGUGGCGGCAGCAGGAAGCCUGCUGCUGUGUUGUCUCGGCGGCGAGGGACCUCGUGGACACGGGUGAAGGUACAGACCAGAUGGGAAAGCAGCUGUAAGGAAACAGCCCCACACUUACUCUGGUUUCGGGGCUGCAGGUAUUUCAGGGCUUUCAGCUCGUGAACGUUUGGACUUUACAGCCACCAGGGGGCGCUCCUGGGCUCCCUGGAGGGGGAAGUGGGGUUAGGAAGCUGCCCAUCAGGAAAGGACCUGGCGUACCGUUUCCUUGGCUUCCAGAUGAGAAAAGGCAGGUUUCUCCCCGAGAAGGAGUGUUUCGUUUAGGUGCCUGGCCAGGGGACCUUGGUCUCGGGAAGUUGUUGUCUUAACCAGCUCCCAGGCCACCGCACCCGGGAACCUCGGGGCGGAUUUCCAAGGCCACCCAGCCCUCCCCACCCCACCCCC